AUGGCUGAAAGUUCGUUGAGGACGAUUCAUCGUAUGUCAAAAGAUGUUGCUGACAAAAUAACUACAGCGCAGGUUUUUUUCAAAGUUACAAUUCGCUCAAGUUUUUCUAUCAAGUUAAGGUUGUCAUCAGUCUUGCUGGUGCAUUGCGUCAAUUGAUUGACAAUUCUAUCGAUGCUGCAGCGAAGACAAUCGGUUUGGAUUCGCUCAGAUAAAUCUUUUUAGUUUCAAGUCUGUUCAAGAAGUGCGUGUGAAAAAUUAUGGGAUUGAAAGUCUGGAAGUCCAAGACAACGGACAUGGAAUCGAAGUUUCCAACUUUGAAUUACUCUGUAAGGUUGCAAUCAAAACAAAAGACGUUGUGAGAACUCUAGGCAAGCCACAUUCUACAUCGAAACUUUCGAAUUUCUCUGAUUUCGAUCAUUUGGCGACUCUAGGGUUCCGCGGCGAGGCAUUGAAUGCACUCUGUGCGUUGAGGUUUGCUUCUCAAUCUUCUUGAGGUCGAGAGUUUUUAUUUCCAGUACAAUAACGAUAUUCACGAGAGCUGCUGAUAGCGAAGUGGGGACCCGGUUGAAAUACGAUCACGCCGGAAACAUUGUGUCCAAGACAAGUUUGGCUCGCGAGGUUCAGCUCUGUUAUUGAUUUCAAAGGUUUUCCAUUUUUGAUUUUUGACAGAUUGGAACCACGGUAAUAGUUGAAAAUCUGUUCGAGACCCUACCAGUGCGGAGGAAAGAACUCGAAAGGACAGCCAAAAAAGACUUUCCCAAGCUAUUGGUUACGGUUCAAUCCUUUUCCCUUAUGAAACCAACGAUCAAGUUCCUCUGCAGCAACAUGAUUGCCGGGUAUUCAUUCCGAAAAAAAACUAUUUAAAAGAAAAUUCAGCAAAAGACAAAGUUUAAUUUGCACGCCUGGGGGAAACUCUUCCAUCAAAGAAGUAGGAUUUUCCAACAUUUUGAAAUUGUCAAAAAUUUGAGGUGGUACUGAAUCUCUUCGGAGGGAUGAGCAAUAAAAAAAACAGCAGCUCGUCGUUGAUUGAGGCAAGAAGCAUCCAUUCCAAGUGUGCAAUAAGAAGUUGCAGAUCAAACGCGAGUUGCCGGACGAGGAAAUUUGUGCGUUAUACUCUUUACUCGGGUACUCGGAGCAUCUUUACGACGAAAUAACGUAGGAUAGUGACUUCUUGGAAGUUCUAUCAAAUAGAUCUCAGUCUCGCGGGUUUCGUCAGCAGUUGUGAACACGGGAGCGGCAGGAGCAGCGCUGACCGACAGUUUGUUUAUAUCAACAAUCGUCCUAUCGAGUAUUAUCGAGUGAGAGUGAUAUUUUAUCAUAUAGCCUAUUCCGCAGCAGCUUUUUUUUUCAAAUUUAGGCGAAAGUUCAAAUCUCAAGUACGCAACCAAAGGCGAUCGAACAAAGUUAUUAACGUUGAAUACUCAGUAUAGUUGUGACGUCAUUUUAUCCGGAGCGCGCACUUCUUUUUUUGUAAAUUCAGAGACUUUGACGCCUCGCUCACCUUCCUUCACUACCGUAUAUAGUCUGUGUGCCACGACUUGAAAUUUCACCAAACGACAUUCCGCUGUUCCGCUGAGUCGCGAAGCGUCUUUGCGAGCCUUAGUCUCGCUUUUAAUUGGUUCUUAUUUCUGAUAGAUGGACUGUUCCACUAGGAACACGUUUUGGUCGAGUUCUUAAAUAAAAAGAAUAAUCAAAAGCGCGCAAAGGCACGCAGCGGAACAGCGGAACGUCGUUCGGUGAAAUUUCAAGUUGUGGUACACAGACUAUACCAGAAUAGAUCAAAAUUGAGCAUCUUCGCUUCAAAACCUUUGUUUUUUGCUGUCUUUUUUAGCAGUUUUGUAGAGAAAAAGAUUUUAUUUACGGUAGCUUUUUCUUUUCUUUUAUUUUAAAACUAAACUAUAUAUAACCACGUCUGAUUUAUUUGUUACACAAAAGUCCAUCAGGUCUGUCGAGUUGUGAAUGAAGUGUACCAACAGUAUAACAAGUCCCAAUACCCGAUUCUCGUUCUUUUCAUCGGCGUUCCGGCAAGUAAGAGAACGUUUCCCAUUCCUACCGGAAGAUAUGAAUUGAAGAAACGAUUGAUGUGAACGUCACUCCUGACAAGAAAACCGUCCUCUUCGACAAGGAAAAGCACCUUUUGGCGUUGCUGCGAGCCUCACUCAUAGCCACGUUCCGUCCCGUUCUUGGCCUGCAGACUUCUGUCCGAAGUAGCGUCGAGGACACACGCAACCUGUCCUUCGGUCAUUAUCCAAUCUGAAACGCGUUUACGUUCUCUAGUUCCAGCUCGCAGUUUAUCUUCGUCCAGUGUGGACAAUCUCGACGAGUCUCUGAACUCGUCGGCAAACUCGACGGUCAUAGAACCUUCCGAACCGCUUCAGAACAUUGAAGACUUGCUGCGGGAAGCCCGCGCCAGCUCCAAAAAAGGCAGAACAUCGAAUGUCGGACCUCCGUCCAAGCGAGUCCGUUUGGCUGACGUCAUGGCUGGAAGGUCUUCGACAACGUCCUCACCACUGUUUCCCUCGCAACGAAAAACAUUGGAGUCGUAUUCUUUCACCUUCACCCCGCAUGAACCUUCAAGCACUACAAGUUCACAAAACCAAGAGACAGAGAAUUCCGAAUCACCUCCGACGCAACCUUUUCCACCAACUGAGUGGGGUUAUCCCAGAUUUGGCUCUCAAAUCAAGAGUUUCCAGGAAAAUCCUUUCGCCAGUGCUUCUCAAGAACAUGUCUCGAGGAUUUCACAUCGAUUCGCGAGCCGACGAUGCGCUUUUGGACAAAAUUGAACAAGCCAUUGACGAGGCAGAAAGGGAGGAUGAUCCUUUGGAGGUUUUUUCACCGAGUUAUCCACUUUAUGGACUUUUUUUUUGCAGGAUGAUGAUACGAUCGCAUGCUCAUCGAACUCUCCCAAGGGGAAAAUGGAAAGAAAAAAAGUUCAGAACUUCGUCCGAACGCAGCAGAAUGUAUUGAGACUCCUGUCUUCACUUGGAUUCAAUCGAAUUUCAGAUCAAAUUUUCUAUGGCAAACUUCAAAGAUCGAAUUCGAGAAUUGGCUGAAAGAAAGAAGGAGACUCCUUCUUUUUCACAAGAUGUCGAGUUUCACUCUGUGAUCCGACCUGAAGACAGUGAAGAAGCUGAAAAAGAGCUUGAUCGCGCUCUGAAGUAUGUUUUCAGCGAUGUUUUGUAGAUCUCUUUUUUUUUUCAGAAAAGCCGACUUUGGGCAGAUGAAAAUCAUCGGGCAGUUCAACAAAGUGAGUUUUGGGAUGGUCUUGCAAGAACUCGUGAUUCAGGGGUUCAUAAUCAGCCGUUUCGGCCGAAAUCUGUUCAUCAUUGACCAACAUGCCAGCGACGAGAAGUACAACUUCGAAAAACUUCAGAAAAACGCCAAAAUAUCUAUGCAACCUCUCUUGACGUUAGUUUGCUUCUCUGUGAGUAGAUUUCUGAGAAAAGGUGCUUUUAAGGCCAGCCUCUCUGAAUUUCGGCGCAGUUCAGGAGAUGAUUAUCCGGGACAACAUUGAGAUUUUCCGCGCCAACGGCUUCGAUUUCAAAUUCGUUGAUAGAGGUUUUGGUCACUUUUUUCAUGAAAAUUUUCGAUUAAGGGGAGGAUGGCUGCAUGAAAGCCUACAUGACGUCUCGGCCACAAAUCCUCAGUCAGAAUUUGACGAACCAAGGUGAAUGCUAAUGAGGAAAAUUACUCGGGCAAGUCGGAAUGGUGUAUAAUGGCCGCUGAAAGGGAGAGGCUUCAAAAAGGCAGCGAAAAUGCCGCAGAAAGGCUAAAAUAAAAGGCAGCAAAGAGAGUUUCUUUAUCGAGCCUUCCAUUUUUUCUGGAAUUUUAAAGGCUCAGGAAAUGAGGGAAAAAGGGAGAGGCUGCAAAAAUGGUUCAUAAUAGCCGAUAUAUCGGCGCAAAAAGGCAGCAAAAAAGCAAACUUUUUCACCCUAAAAAGAACAUUUUCAUGGAGCCUUUUUCCACCACCCUUUCCGACUUUGCCUAUGUUAGUAAAUCGAUUGCGAAGAGAAUAUCGAACAAAUCAAAUUUGCAUAGAUUUGGAUGAGAUCGUGUCCAUGGUGGCCGAGUACCCCGGUCAAAUGUACCGACCAACGAAAAUCCGCAAAAUAUUUGCAUCGAGAGCCUGCAGAAGUUCAAUCAUGAUCGGUACAUCUCUCAAUGAGCACCAAAUGCGCAAGGUUUGAAAUAGACCUACCAAUUUUCAGAGGGGUUUCAAAAGGCCUCCUAUAGAGGGUCUUCCAAGUUUGUCCCUUCAGGAGGUCCUAAUACAAUCUCUAUAGGACCCACCAAAUCUCAAACUCCCUUUAGAACCCGCUUCAACUUUUCUUAGUUGUCGAGGAAGUUGGAACUUUUUUUUCUUUUCAAGUUUCACUCACUCAUUUUCCUGUUUCAAGAGUUUUAUGCUGUUUUUGAUAUUUUAAUUCAACGAAAUUGUAAACUAGGUUCAAAUUCUGACGAGAAAACAGAAUUUGAUGUCGUUUUUUGAACAGUGGCACUAAUAAGCAACAAUUUGAAAGUACUACUUUUUAAAAUUCAACUGCUUUAGGUGGUUCGAAACUUGGGACAUUUGGAUCAACCCUGGGUGUGUUUUUCUCUCACUCUUUCUCAAAAGUUUUUCAACUCAGAACUGUCCACACGGUCGGCCGACGAUCCGCCAUCUUUUCGAUCUUUCACAAACAAACCUCUUGAUGUAA